CGGGCCACAUCGCGAACUUUUCUGGACGUCCCGCAUUCUUCUCUCUUCGAUACUUCCUGUCUCGUCUCCCCUGAGCUGCCAGUCUUCCUCCCCGACGGUAGCCAUUUAUCUCUCGCCUUUCUAAUUACUCCCCCAUCAUGGCGUCCUUCGCCAACCCCACACAGAUCUUUGCGGACGAUGUCAUCGAGGAGAAAGGCGAGAACGCUCGUCUCUCUGCCUUCGUCGGUGCCAUCGCCGUUGGUGACUUGGUGAAGAGUACUCUAGGUCCCAAGGGAAUGGACAAGAUUCUUCAGUCAGCGUACGUGAGACGAUCUAGGGACCCUGGAUGCGGGGCAUUCCGAUUCGGUUGGGCAAUUUAUGUACUGAUGGUCUAAACGAAUCCAGCUCGACCGGAGAAAUUCUCGUUACCAACGACGGUGCCACGAUUCUCAAAGCCAUUGCUCUCGACAACGCCGCCGCCAAGGUGCUGGUCAACAUCUCGAAAGUUCAGGACGAUGAAGUCGGUGACGGCACGACGUCCGUCACCGUGCUGGCGGCCGAGCUGCUGCGUGAGGCGGAGAAGUUGGUGAACCGCAAGAUCCAUCCCCAGACCAUCAUUGAAGGUUACCGUAUAGCCAGCCGAGCCGCUCUCGAGGCCCUGGAGAAGGCCGCCGUCGACCGCAGCGCCGACAUGGAGUCGUUCCGUAAAGAUCUCCACUCGAUCGCCCGAACGACCCUGAGCUCCAAGGUCCUGGCCCAGGACCGCGACCACUUCGCCACCCUUGCCUGCGAUGCCGUCCUCCGUCUCCGCGGCUCUACCGACCUCAGUCACAUCCAGAUCAUCAAGAAGGCCGGCGGCAAGCUCAACGAUUCCUACCUCGACGAAGGAUUUAUUCUCGACAAGAAGAUCGGUGUCAACCAACCUAAGCGCCUCGAAAAUGCGAAGAUUCUAGUCGCCAACACCGCCAUGGACACGGACAAGGUGAAAAUCUUCGGUGCGCGGGUAAAGGUCGACUCGACGGGCAAGCUGGCCGAGCUGGAGAAGGCCGAGCGUGAGAAGAUGAAGGCCAAGGUUGAGCGGAUCAAGUCCCACGGCAUCAACUGCUUCGUGAACCGUCAGUUGAUCUACAACUGGCCCGAGCAGCUGUUCACGGAAGCCGGCAUCAUGUCCAUCGAACACGCCGAUUUCGACGGUGUCGAGCGACUUGCCCUGGUGACCGGUGGUGAGAUCGCCUCGACGUUUGACCACCCCGACCAGGUGAAACUGGGCCAGUGCGAUGUCAUCGAGGAGGUUAUUAUCGGCGAGGACACCCUGAUCAAGUUCUCCGGCGUGGCUGCCGGCCAGGCCUGCACUAUCGUCCUGCGCGGUGCCACCGAGCAGCUGCUCGACGAGGCCGAGCGCUCGCUGCACGACGCCCUGGCCGUGCUCUCUCAGACCGUCAAGGACCCUCGCGUGACGCUGGGUGGUGGCUGUGCUGAGAUGGUCAUGUCCAAGGCCGUGGAGCAGGCCGCGCAGAACACCACGGGCAAGAAGCAGCUGGCUGUCGACUCGUUCUCGCACGCUCUCAAGCAGCUGCCCACCAUCCUGGCGGACAACGCCGGUCUGGACUCCAGCGACCUGGUGACGCGACUGCGACAGGCGAUCAACAACGGCAUGACCAGCUCCGGACUGGAUCUGCUGUCGCCGGGAGGCGGCAUUGCCGACAUGCGUGAGUUGGGCGUCGUCGAGAGCUACAAGCUGAAGAAGGCAGUUGUGUCUUCGGCAUCGGAAGCGGCAGAGCUGCUUCUGAGAGUGGAUAACAUCAUCCGGGCCGCUCCUCGCCGACGUGAGCGGAUGUAAAGAAGCUAGGAACGAAAAUGUGAAUGAUAUACUCCCCAUUUUAGAUCAGGCCACAAUGAACGGAGCCGUUGGUUCUUAAUUAUUCUUUCCCCCCUCUCUUAGUCUGUAUCUGAGCACAGAACUGGGUUUCCUUCCGUGCUGGAGGAAGGUGAAUGGCGAGUUCUGCUCUGUUCAAGGCGUAAAUCACAGUGCGAUAGACCCCUUGCUUGGCGAAUCAAAAGCAU